CUAAAGAGGUUUGUCCGUGUGGUUUCGCCAUACUACAUUCGGCGCAAGUUAUAUCGCCAGUCUGUAGAUGUACCUCACGUACUGGUGCAUUUGACUACAUUAACGGGAAUUAAGUUGUUAACCCACUGACCUUGAUGUUUUAUUAACAGUUGAAAAUAUAAAAUAACACAUUUGUUUACAAACGGCUCACCGGAUGUAUUGCAUAACUCCCUCCUUUAGCUGAGCCGACGUGCGUCACACAAAGAGAGCGCGACUGUUCACUGGAAGAAGCCAUGUUGAACCAGUGUGUUCAAUAACACUUGGUUAAAUCCACCGUCCGACGUGAACUCGCAGCGAAGACGAGGUGAACGGUGAAUUCAAGCGCAGAAAUGUCCGCCGACGAUUUCCAGACCAAGUAUGCCUCCGUCAUGGAGAGUAUGCUGAAGACCGCAGUGGCAGAGACCACCAAACUUUUCGAAACUAUGGUCAACGAACUGAAGGCAGAACUAUCCAGAAUGAAGAAGGAGAACGACGACCUGAAAACAAGAUGUAGCCAGUAUGAGAAUUGGAAAAACCAAACGCCUGUUUACACCAGAGUAAGCGAGCCCGCUGUACGUCCAAGCCACCGCUCAGAGAAGCGGGACACCGCUGUUCAGUGUGACCUUGUUUCUUUCUGCACCCUGCUGGUGGAGCAGAGUCAACCAUUGGCAUUUUCAUCACAACAAAAUGUACAGCAACAACACAGUUAUGAGAUGGUUAAUUACAGUUUACAUGACCACACCUAUGACGGCCACAGGGAGGAAAAUUCUCAUCUGGCAUUCACACCUUUCAAAGAGGAGAUACCAUCUGGAGAUUAUUCUUUGGAGUCUCCCAUAAAGGAGGAAGAUGUUGAGCCCACUGAUGCGGAUGGAACUGAAAAUCAAGGGCCUCGCAUUAACCAAGUGUUUUCAGCUGGAGAGAUGCCUGAAAAAGAUGAGAACAAAGUGAUCUUGGACCCAUCAUUGGAUAGUGAUCUUCAGGGAGCCCAGAACCAGUCAUCUGAACCAGAGCAUCCUCCAGUCAUCACAGCAAAUAAUGUAACAGAUGACAAGAUAUCAGGAGAACAGCCAUUGAUGACUGCUCAGCAGCAGCAGUCAGUGGUUGAACCUGAAAAAGAGCAAGAGAUAGCAGUCCCCAGAUGGUGUGGACAAAUGUUAAUAAAUAAUCAAACUGUUCCCCAACAAGAAUGUGGAGUGCAUUACAUAAGAGAACAGAUAAUGGGACCCGCAACGCAAAAUAAACAGAUUACAUUUGAAGAAGUAAAAAAUGCCAUGUCAGAAGGUGAUGGUAGUUCUCAGCCGGUACGCCGUAAACGAGGAAGGCCGCCAAAGAAAGCAAAACGUGUACACCGGCCAGUAAAACAUAAACAGAACUUACUAUCUACCGAUUCAGUAAGAUUGGAACAGGUUGACGUCCCUUCUUUUGUGAAUACAGAAAAUACUACUAUACCUAGGAGUCAACAAGAAUCCCCAGUUAUACUUAAAAAGACUUGCCAGUAUUGCCUAACCAGUAUUGCUCCGUCAGUCCAGGAAAGACCUGACACUUUUUCUAAAGAUAUGGAGAACAUUGAGGUUGGAUCCCUCCCUUCUUCAGUAUCAUCUUUGAUAGGUGGAUUUUCCUUUGAAAAACUAUCUGGAUCUCAACAAAUCAUGGAAGAGGAAGCUUUUAAACACAGAGAACGUUGCUCUUCCGUAACUCUUCAGGAUGCAAUGCUAAUGGUUGAAGCCAUGAACCAAAGACUGGCCCCAUCACCAUAUACCCAGAAUGCUCCCCAAUUGGAGACCUCACAAACUGUGGACAACAUACCAGCUGAGCCACAGACACUGCCACUUUCUACUGAAGUUCCUAUGGCUACAAGCAGUCUACCCAUAACAGAGCCAUCCACAAAACAAUCACCAGUACAGACACCAAGUCCUACUCCUCAGGUUACAAAUUCCACUCACACCACUAAAGCUCAGAUCCAUGUUAAGGCUGCCAUACCAGAACUGCCCAUGGUUACUCCAUCCAAUAUCACUGAAGCUCAGACCCAAAUUAAGGCUGCCAUACCAGAACUACCUAUUGUUAAUCCAUCCAAUUUCACUGAAGCUCAGACCCAAAUUAACGCUGACAUACCAGAACUUCCCAUGGUUACUCCAUCCAACAUUACUGAAACUCAGACAGAAUUUAAGGCUGCCAUACCAGAACUGCCCAUGGUUAUUCCAUCCAAUAUCACUGAAGCUCAGACCCAAUUUAAAGCUGCCAUACCAGAACUACCCAUGGUUACUCCAUCCAGUGUUACUGAAGCUCAGACCCAAAGUAAGCAUGUUAUACCAGAACUGCCCAUGGUUACUCUAUCCAAUGUCACUGAAGCUCAGACCCAAAUUAUGGCUGCCACACCAAAGGUAUUCAUGGUUACUCCAUCCAAUGUCACUGAAGCUCAGACACAAAUAAUGUCUGCCACACAAAAAGUAACCAUGGCUUCUCCAUCCAGUAUCACUGAAGCUCAGUCUCAAAUUAAGGCUGCCAUGCCAGAACUCCCCAUGGUUAUUCCGUCCAAUAUCACUGAAGCUCAGACUCCAAUUAAGGCUGCCAUACAAGAAGUACCCAUGGUUACUCCAUCCAAUAUCAAUGAAGCUCAAACCCAAAUUAAGGCUGACAUAGAAGACGUACCCAUGGUUUAUCCAUCCAACAUCACUGAAGUUCAGACCCAACUUAAGGCUACUACACAAGCUCAGACACAAAUUAAGGCUGCCACACAAAAAGUACCCAUGGUUUCUCCAUCCAAUAUCACUGCACCACAGACCGCAGCAUCAGUAUCUGCAAAAGGUUUGAUGUGUCCUGUGAUAAGACUUAUAACUCCAAGUAAACCCAGUGACACCUUACAUAAUAAAAUAAUUGUUGUGCCAAGAUUCUCGCUCAUGCCUCAGAAAAAACAGCAUUUAAGUUUUGCAUCAACUGUGGUUACUGCAAGUUUACAGUCAGCUUCUACAGCUGCAGGUUUGCGUGUUGGAACACCUUUACUUUCCUCUGUUUCUCAGAAAGUUAGAUAUGUUACCUCCCAGAAAAUGCUUUCUAUUAUACCACCACGUUUGACCACCACCUUAAAAGGCCAGCAGCCAGAUUUUCUACAUAGCCGGAAAUUGGUAGUCGUCCCAAAUGAUUUGUCAGCUGUGGCAUCUGAGAAACAUCAGUCAAAGUCCACCUCACAUCAGUCAAAAACUGUUGCUCCUACAACAAAUCAGGAGUCAAUAGAACCAGCUGAUACUUUGACACUGUCAUCAACCAAGUUGAUUUCUUCAUCACAAAACUUAUCUGUUCAUGUGGAUGCACAAACUGCUAAAGAUUCUCCAAUUUCAUCUCAAAAGAACAAUGUAAGUUACACCUGUGGAUCACCCAAACAAACUGCCUCUGUUUCUGACACAAAUGCUGCCACAGAAACCUGUUGCAGUUCAAAAAUGUUAUUUCCAUCUGGGUAUCCUGAGCCAUCCUGUUUGUCUCCAGUGGAAAACAAACUAUUUCCUGUGGUCAGAUUAACCAGACUACCAGUUUCAGUAUCAAGCAAAGACACAGUGUCUGUCUCAGACAUGCUUUCAAAUGGAUGUCCUAAAUCCAGGACCACUUCAAAAAACAGAGCCACACAAGACAAGUCUUCUGUGGUCACGGUAACAAAGCCAUCUGAGAUGCCAUUGGUAACACGUUUAAAAGAAACAACUGUUUUUGUGUCUGUUCAUACCCCCCAGACAUCAGAAGAGAAAAGUAAUACUCAAGCGGUAACGUUGGUAUCGUCUGAAACAUCUGUAAAUGUGGGAGAGUCAUGUGUCGGCAGGAGUGUGCAGACAUCUUUAUCAUCCAAGGUAUCUUCACCAGGCUUGGACAUAUCUACAGUGACCUCCAUCAGGACCAAGCUCUCAGCUGGUGAACCUACCUCUAAUUUCGAGGAGGAAUUGUUCAGCAAUGUAGCACAAGAUUGCACACUAUCUAACACCCCACCCCAAGAAGAGGAAAGAUCAACUGGCCUCAUAUUGCUAACUUCCAUCCCGUCCAAGGAUGCAUCAGACCCUCAUUUACAAAUGACUAAAACCCAGUUCCUGGCACAGCUGGCAGUGACACCAGCUAUUAAAGCCCCCCAAAAGGCCUCCUCUGAGAGGGACUCUUGUGCAGAAACCAGCACCAGUGGCAAAAGAAGUUCCCUGAUGUCCCGACUUCGAAGUCACUUCAAAGUUUGUUUGCAAAAUAGAAAAAAUGAAACAAACUCAGAUCAACGCAAAGAAGCAGAUAUGACUACUGUGAGUCCUAAGAUACCUAAAUUAGAGAACAUAGAGAUGACAACUAGUGAAAAGUCAGGUGUAGAGGAAGAUGUUGCACCACCAAAUAAGACUGCUGAAGACCCAAUCGCCAACAAUCCACAGAGAAGCAAACUAAGUGAAGAUGCCUUGAGACCCAACAGGAGUGGUCGUGAACUGAUCAGGAGGGCAAAGUCUACAAGUAAAGCCGCUUCUAAGACUCCAAGGACAUCAUGUUCAGGUCAAGAUCGUGUAGGCCCUAGAAAAAUGAAACCCAGUUCUGCUAGUCUUCGAAGGUUAAGUUCAGCAAAUGAUCUUUUCCCUGAAAGGUCUAGUUCAACUAAAAAACCUGAAAUCUCCGCUAGUCCUGGAGCAUGUAAUUUGAGUGAAACUGGUGUAUGCUUUCAACUUUCAACAAGCAAUUUGAUUUCUGUGAGUCACACAAAGUCUACUUCCACCCAAGUUUGUAGACCAAUUAAAACAGAAUCUGAUUCUUUGAGUCCUAUAAGGAUACCCAUAGGUAAUGAAAAUCUAUCUCUCAGUAUUAAAAAUGAAAUGGAUGAUGGUGAUUGUCCAAAAAAGAUUAACAAAGCCACUCCUGUCAAGAAACCCAGAAUGAUUCAAGAUGUUGCCAGUUCCAAACAAAAUGUAAGAGCUUUGAAUGCUAAGAAGAUGGCUACAGCUAAAAUGAUAACUAAAUUUAAAAAUUCUAAUCAAUCCAAACUGCGGAAUGGAGCUAAGACAAAUGGUGAGGCUAUGAAAACAUGUCACUCCAAAGCUGUGUGGAUUCCUCCCAAUGUAACACAGACAAAAGAUGGAACAUUGGCACUGUUACCAAUAAAGAAAGAAAUAGAUUCCCUAGCUUACCUCCCGAGUGUUCCUCUCAACCCUAUACCUAUCAAAGCACCACCUGUCGUAUCACCAUUAGAGCCCUUGUCAGUCAUUGGUGGGCGUCUGUUAAAGAAUCAGUGUGGAGAGUGUGGGCGCAUUCUCAGCAGCAAUGCAGCCCUUGAGAGCCAUGUCAGUCUUCAUACAGGAUGCCGACCUUUUUCGUGCACUCUCUGUGGGAAAGGUUUCUCAGACUCGAAGAGUCUCAAAAGGCAUGGGCGAGUGCACCGCAAUGGAAAGAUCCAUAUCUGCCACGAGUGCGGGAAGGGCUUUGUCUACCGUUUCAGCCUCUCCAAACACCUCCAGAUGGUGCACAGGAAGAUUAAACCUUUUGUCUGCCAGAUCUGCCGCAAAUCAUUUUUCACAAGGCGAGAUGUUGAGUCCCACAUACGAACCCACACCGGAGAGAAACCCUUCGAGUGCAACCUCUGUGAUAGGAAAUUCACACGUCGAGUUGAACUAAAUGUACAUCUGAGGUGGCAUAAUGGGGAGAAGAGACACUGGUGCACGUUCUGUGGAAAAGGAUUUUUAGAUCUCAACAACCUAAAAAGGCACAAAUACAUCCACACUGGGGAGAAACCACAUUCCUGUCCACACUGUCCCAAAAAAUUCACACAGUCGGCGCAUCUGAAAAAGCAUGUAAAAAAUGUACAUAAAGUCCUUUGAGGAGGACAUAAAGAGUUAUUUAUAUAAAGAUGAGAAUAUCUGUUGUGGAUAGGGUGUUCCAUUGAUUUUUGUAGUUCAUAUGAAAAUAUUAUAUUUUUAUAAUUGCUGACUUGAAUGCUUAAAGGAGAAUUUUUUUAGGAAAAUGUCUUGUUUCCUGUUCAAAGUUUCUUGCUGAGACUUUGGUAAAAUCACUGUUAUUGUAAUGUUUGUGCAUAGGAAGUCCGGACCAAGAGGUGAUUACCUUAGCAUAAAGAUGCAAAAGCUGCACAUCAAUGUGGCUGACCUUUAAAGGGACUUUUUAUUGUAAUUAUUUGGCAUGACGAAUGGAUACAUGGGAGAAGCUCACCAUGCCCCAUCACUUGGCAAGAAAACUAUUUAUGUCAUGAUAUUCUUUGAAAACGGUUUCCUUGGAGCAUUUAUAAUGAUGACAGCUUUGACAAUGCAACCAUUUUUUAAUUGCUUAUUCAUUCAAAUUAUUUUUGAAGUGGAAAGUAUAAAACUGAUUUAUUGAUUUCUGUAUCAAACAUUUCCAUUUUUUGGAGAGUUACUAAGUGUUUACAAGACCCCGUAAAACAUAGGAUACAGUAUGACUGGACUGUGUAUAGGCUUGUGUAAAGUUAAAGAAUCCGUGUCUCAUUAAAAAAUAUGAUAAUUAACUUAAUUUGAGUUUCAAAAUAAUGUGAAAAAUGAAUGAGGAAGUUAUGUAACCUGAAAGUUGUUAAGUAAAGUUAGAAAGAUAUUCACAGAUUUGAAAUUCCGCGAUCAAUAACGUUUAAACGAAACAUUGUUGAAACACAUGCAAGACAUAUUUUGAAUCAUAGCGACGUAGACAACAAGCUACAACAUAGUUUUCAUCAAAAAGAGCCAUCUUUCAACGUGGAGAAACUACAUUGAUCUCUAUGCACCGUCUACAAAGUGCAACACCCGAAAAAAGAUAUUUAAGAAAAAUUCAAUAACUUCACCAUAAUACAAAGUGGUGUAAACUCUACUGAUGUACAUGAUGCUACACCAUUCGGUUUGAAAAAUGUUUUGACAAUUAUUACUAAUAAAUAUUCACUAAAAUUAUACAAAAGCAUAUUUAUUGCAAAGUGGUGUAGUAUCAUGUACACUACAGCAGUUAAGUAUACAGAAAGACUGACAACACUGCACUGUAUUAGUUAUUGAAUAUGUUUUUUGGGCGUUGCACUUUGUAAAUGGUCCCUGUGCUCCGGUGUCACCGAUGACUGCAAAUAUGGAUAUUUUCUCCGUUGUCAUGUCUUCUGGUUUCAGACGUACCCUCUUAUGUCCAGCGAAAAGCAUAAACAUUUUUGUUGUUUUAUAGUUGUCCUGUGUGAAGCUCCCCGUCACACAACCUUCAAAAGUGGAUGAAACGGAAAAUGCUCGGUAUCUGUUUUUAUAAGUUUUCAUUUGAGAACAAUAUCAGAAAUUGGAAAAAACGAGUCAUCUGUUUUGUUUUUUUGAAAAUCAAAUUAACAGUUUGUAAUCCGAUUUUUUACUUUUCGUUUCAUGGUUUGUAAAAAUAAAUAUUUUAUAUUUGUUACUGA